CAAGAUCGUACUGAAGAUAAACAAUAGUGGAUAUGUAAUAUCAUAUCGAUCUUCCGCACUCCUUUGUAGUAGAAGUAUCCUUUGUAUCUUCUCUGGUUGUGGUGUGCGCGAUUCACCGUCAAACAAAGUCAUCUCCAGCAUCGCUCGCUGCCAAACGCCCGAAGGAUGUCGCAAACACCACGCGUGAUAUACUGGUUUCGUACGGACUUGCGCCUACAUGAUUCCCCAGCGCUUGCUGCAGCGCUUGACUUGAAACCAGAAUGUUUGUAUCCAAUCUGGACUUGGGACCCCCACUACGUAUAUCGCGCACGCGUAGGCGUUAAUCGCUGGCAGUUUCUCAUCGACUGCCAAAACGACGUCUCUCAAGGAAUCACCAAAAUCAACAAGAAGUCGAAACUUUUCGUGUUGCGCGAAGCUCCUCAGACUCUUUUUCCAAAGUUGUUCAAAGCAUGGAAGAUUACGCAUUUGGUAUUCGAGAAGGAUACGGAUGCGUAUGCGCGAGAGCGCGAUGAGAAGAUUUGCGAGAUCGCGAAUGAAAUGGGCAUUAGAGUUAUUACGAAGACUGGACGAACGCUGUACGACAGUGAUCUAUUGGUCAAGACGAAUCACGGAAAGCCAACAAUGACCAUCACUCAAGUCCAGGCGGCGGCAGCGAAAUUGGGCAAAGUUGCUGAGCCUUUGCCAGCUCCAACGAGCUUACCUGAUCCGGGAGAUUUGACGCUGGAAUUUGAACAAGAAAAGCCAAAAUCAGAGCCGGACUUCAACAAGACACAUCGAACGGACGAUGAGGGCUCGUACGAAGUGGGCAUCGCAGGACCCAAUGGCGACUUUUCUGUACCGACUCUAAAAGAGCUUGGCCUUCAGGAAGCUACCACGCCGCAUCGAGGUGGAGAGACUCUGGCUUUGAAGGUGCUCGAGGAUGUCAUUGCUAACAAGGAAUUUACGGCAACAUUCAGCAAGCCCUCCACAGCACCUACCGCUUUUGAGCCACAAUCCACUUGCCUUACCUCACCCCACUUGCACUUUGGCUCGCUAUCAUGUCGAUUGUUCUGGUACAAAGUACAAGAAGUGCUUGAUAGUUACAAAGGCAAAGCUUCAGAACCGCCAACCUCAUUACAUGGACAGUUGCUUUUCAGAGACAUGUAUUUCGGGGCUCAAGCGGCAAUAGGCUAUCCAUUCGCUCAGACAGCGAAGAACGACCAUUGUCGAUUUAUACCUUGGCAUUUGCCCUCUAAGCACGAUGAAAAGACAGGCUUGAUCACUGGAGAGUACGAGAUUGAUGACCCUCAGAAGGAGGAAUGGUUCAGCCGCUGGCGACAAGGCAAGACCGGAUUUCCAUGGAUUGAUGCUUUGAUGAGACAGCUGGCUCUUGAAGGUUGGAUACAUCACCUUGGUCGCCAUGCCGUAGCCUGUUUCUUGACUCGCGGUGGCUGCUACAUCCACUGGGAGCGAGGUGCAGAGGUGUUUGAGGAGCUUCUUAUCGACCAUGAGACGGCUUGCAAUGUCGGUAACUGGCAAUGGCUGGCAUGUGUCGCGUUUUAUUCCCAGUACUAUCGUUGUUACUCUCCGAUCGCUUUUCCCCAGAAGUGGGACAAGGAAGGUGCUUUCGUUAGGAAGUACGUGCCUGAGCUCAAAGACAUGCCUACCAAGUACAUCUAUGAGCCUUGGAAGGCACCAAUCCAGGACCAAAAGAAGGCCGGUGUACUGAUUAAAGGUGACGGCGAACAAGAAAAAGAGGGUGAGGUCAACCUGUACCCAAAGCCCAUCUUUGAUUUUGCAAAGCAAAGAGAAAUUUGCAUAAAGGGUCUGAAGGGCGCGUACAGCGUUGGACUAUACGGAAACUCACCGCAGGUGUUAGACGGCACAUGGAAGCAGAUGUUCGAAGACAAUGCCGAGGGCCCUACUGAAGGUCAAAAAGGCGGACCUGCUGGAUCUCUAGGCGAUAAAGAUGUGAAAAGCACUGAGGAUCACGAACAUGUUGAUAAGCGACGAUCAACUAGAAAGCGUGGCAACGAGAGUGGCCAAAGCACACUCGAAUCUGCCUUCAAGAAGGCGAAAAAAUAGAGAUGCCUCAGGCAGGCUAUGUCCGGUCUAGAAGGCAUCACCGCACAUCUGAAAAAGAGUCAGGAGCUCAUGGGGGAUGCAGCAAUAGACCGACCUCACCAGAUCGAAGAUCUCAGCUUUGCAGAGAGCUCUCGUGAGUGCCUGUCCCAGGGCAGGAUAGCGUCGCUAACUGGCCUUGUCUCUGGUGAGUAUGCGAGAUGGUUGCUCUCAAUGGUCGAGACUACAAGGCGCACAAGGACCGUGGCUUUUGACGGCUUUCUCGAAGCUCAGAUCGAUUUCGAGAAAGGCCGGAAGAGGGCAGGGCAGUUUGUCAGUAGCCAGGUACGCUAUGGAGAAAAACUUAUCCUUGUAUUGAAAAUGAACAGUGAAACAAGC